CCCAGACAGAGCCUCGCGGCAGCCGCAGCAACAGGCGGCGGGGCCGGGCUGGUUGGGGCAGAGGCGGUGGUGGGGCGGGGAGCUCCAGGAGGAGCGACUCCGGGGCCGGCCACCGCCAGCAGGGAAGGAGAGCACCAGCACCGGCGCCUCCCGCGCUCAGCCGCCGCAGCCCUCCACCCGCCACCGCGCCCACCCUGCGCUGGACCCCGCGAGCGGCGGCGCGAGCAUCCUGCAGAGCCCGGGCCACGCCGAGCUGCCGCCAGACAUGACCGUGGUGCCCGGGGACCACCUGCUGGAGCCAGAGGCGGCGGGAGGCGGCGGCGGGGACCCGCCUCAGGGAGGCUGUGGCGGUGGCGGCGGCGGCGGUGGCUGCGACCGCUAUGAGCCAAUGCCGCCCGCGCUGCCCGCCGCGGGCGAGCAGGAUUGCUGCGGGGAGCGUGUGGUCAUCAACAUCUCCGGGCUGCGCUUCGAGACGCAGCUCAAGACCCUCUGCCAGUUCCCCGAGACGCUGCUGGGCGACCCCAAGCGGCGCAUGCGGUACUUCGACCCGCUCCGCAAUGAGUACUUCUUCGACCGCAACCGACCCAGCUUCGACGCCAUCCUCUACUACUACCAAUCUGGGGGCCGCAUCCGCCGGCCGGUCAACGUGCCCAUCGACAUCUUCUCCGAGGAGAUUCGCUUCUACCAGCUGGGUGAGGAGGCCAUGGAAAAGUUCCGUGAGGAUGAGGGCUUCCUGCGGGAGGAGGAGCGACCCCUGCCCCGCCGUGACUUCCAGCGCCAGGUGUGGCUGCUCUUCGAAUACCCCGAGAGCUCCGGGCCAGCCCGGGGCAUUGCCAUCGUGUCAGUGCUGGUCAUUCUCAUCUCCAUUGUCAUCUUCUGCUUGGAGACCCUACCCGAGUUUCGCGAUGAGAAAGACUAUCCCGCCUCCCCGUCGCAGGACGUGUUUGAGGCUGCCAACAACGGCACGUCGGGGGCCCCCUCUGGAGCCUCCAGCUUCUCGGACCCCUUCUUCGUGGUGGAGACCCUGUGCAUCAUCUGGUUCUCCUUUGAGCUGCUGGUGCGGUUCUUUGCUUGCCCCAGUAAAGCCACCUUCUCCAGAAAUAUCAUGAACCUGAUAGAUAUUGUGGCCAUCAUCCCUUAUUUUAUCACUCUGGGCACUGAGCUGGCAGAGCGACAGGGUAAUGGGCAGCAGGCCAUGUCGCUGGCCAUCCUGAGGGUCAUCCGCCUAGUAAGGGUCUUCCGCAUCUUCAAGCUCUCCCGCCAUUCUAAGGGGCUGCAGAUCCUGGGACAGACGCUGAAGGCUUCCAUGCGGGAGCUGGGGCUGCUCAUCUUCUUCCUCUUCAUUGGGGUCAUCCUUUUCUCCAGUGCAGUCUACUUUGCUGAGGCAGACGACCCUUCUUCGGGUUUUAACAGUAUCCCGGAUGCCUUCUGGUGGGCAGUGGUAACCAUGACAACGGUUGGUUAUGGUGAUAUGCACCCAGUGACCAUAGGAGGCAAGAUUGUGGGCUCUCUUUGUGCUAUCGCAGGUGUCUUGACCAUUGCAUUGCCGGUUCCUGUGAUUGUUUCCAACUUCAACUACUUCUACCACCGGGAGACUGAAGGGGAAGAGCAAGCCCAGUACAUGCACGUGGGAAGUUGCCAGCACCUCUCCUCUUCAGCCGAGGAGCUCCGAAAAGCCCGGAGUAACUCCACUCUGAGUAAGUCGGAGUAUAUGGUGAUCGAAGAGGGGGGUAUGAACCACAGCGCCUUCCCGCAGACCCCCUUCAAAACGGGCAACUCCACGGCCACUUGCACCACGAACAAUAAUCCCAACUCCUGUGUCAACAUCAAAAAGAUAUUCACUGAUGUCUAAUAUACGAUACGGUUGCCAUUCUGUGCCCAGUAUUGUGUGGAACAUGCCCCCUUGGUCUGUGUAUGCCCUUGAUUUAUACAUUUCCAGACCAUUCAUCAAGGAAAGUACAUGGAGAAGUGGCAAAGCACACCUCAUUCUCCCUCUCCCUAUUGCUUCAUACUGAAACAGGUGCCUGUUUUUGCAAGUAGGCUGCAUUCUCUCAGCUCUCUCUCCCUGUCUCUUAAUUUUGUGACCAACAAACUUACAUUAAGCUUGGUUUCUUGUGCGAGCCCUAAAGCUACAUCCUGAGAGGAAAUGAAACUAGAGUCAGAGUAACUGUUUAACCUCAAAAUCAAAAGAUAGUUGUUUCUUUACUAAGUAAAGGAGGCGGAACCUAAAUGAAGCUCCUGUUUGGUGGACUUUUCAAUAUUAUUUCUGGACUAGUUAGUGUAACUACCUAAGCUCUGGAUAUGUGGGUGGAAAGUCUAACUAGAGCGUUGAUCUGUAAGCCCACUAUAAAUUUAUUUUGUUUUUGACUGGUCUUUCAGUUUGAAUCUUUCCUCUAAGAAUUUCAGGUUCACAAUAACUUUGAACCAAAAGGGAAAUGCCCCAAAUGUCCUGAUCUGACUAUUAACUCUUCGAAGUUUGCAAAGCAUUUUGAAAACAUUACACACAGAUUCCAAUGAAGUUGUGAGUUCAUGCCCCAGCCAAUAUCUACGAAAGUCUAGAAACUCAUUUUCAGUGCUGCCGGGAGAAACAACAGAAAUUCCUGAUGCAUCUGAGAGAUAAGCUUCUGCAGUAUCACAGGAAGAUUAAAGUGGCAGACACCCCUUCCAACCGAAGUUACUAAUUCGGACCUGACUGAUGCAGUUCCCAUAGCAACCCGUGUUUCCUGGGAAACCCGAAAAAGGUUGUCAUGGCAUCUUUUGCUCUCUAGCCCCACCCCCACCCCAGGCCCUGCCGUUUCUACAGUAACCUUUCCAGAUGGUUCCUACUUACAUGAUUUCAUAAGAAAAAAACACUAUUUAAAUAAACCGCACAAAUUAAGUGUAAGACUAUAUAGAGGUGAAUGAAUCACAAAAUGCUAUUUUACAUUUUAUAUAAAUCAUUGAUGUUAUCCCAUAAUGACUGGAUCAAAAAGGAAAUUAUCAUCUUUGGAAUGUUACACAUAAGGAAUGAUCUGAAUUAAGUGUCAGCUGUUUGGUAACAAUUUUUAAAGAUGCUUCUGUACAGUUCUUUCACUAAGAAAUGGCAAGCCAACAGAUAAAAUGAAAACAGCAAUAUGAACAUGGUCUGUGCAUAGCAAGUGUGAGUCAGUGUACCCUAAGUCUUACUACACGAUACCUUCAGAUUUCCUCAAUUAAAAAGAAAAAAAGAAAAAGAAAGACAUCCAGAUCUCACAACAGGACUGUCGCCAUCACAGCCCUGGAAAAGCAAAAUCAACCUCAGAUAUAUGGGAGAUGCACAAUUUAAUGAGUGGAUUACAGUCAAUGAAAAGGAGGAUCUGGAAAUGAUCAGACUUGGAAGAACACCUGCAAAUUUCAGCCACACGCUGAGAGCUGCCAGCAGACAGACAGAAUCAGGAGCAACAAUGUCCUGGACACUUGUCGGUUCUGUAAGCAGUUUCAAGCCCUUUCCACCUCUCAGCUGUGAAUAGAAGUGAUAACCCCUCCAACUAAGAAAUGCAGAGAAGCAUGUGCCCCCCUACCCCCAGUCUGAAGACUUACGGAAACACUGAGAUAGAGGUCCCUCAAGAGCCCCACUUAAGGAACUGCAGUGUGAUCCUGACCAGGAGGAUGCUCGGUUUCGUGCUGCUUGGAUGAGAGUGCAGUGGCAGUUACAUAUUUCCAUCUCAGUUAGUGUUCAGAGAUACAUCUCCAACCGAUGCUUCAUAUGAUGGAAAGAACUCAAAGCCGGAGGGUACUCUUCAUGUUAUGAGUGGUACAAAUGAAACUGAGUAGGAGAUAAAGAGGAAGAUUAAAAAUUAAAAAAAAAAUAAAUGUUAAGGUAUCAUGUCAACCUAUCGACAUUCUGGUAGAGUCAAAUUGUCCAAAAACGAUAAUCAGUGUCACAGAUAAAGAUGGCCUAGUGUGUGUUUCUAGCAAGCAACUACUGUUAUAUUAUUUUUCAUUGAAGUACUGGACUAUUUAAUUGUGGAAUAUGUUUCUAUAGUCUAUGUUCUGGAUUAUGUUUAACUUUAUCUGUGAGGGUAUGAAUAUACCAAAGGCUUCCAUUAGUAGAUUAGCCCAUUCACACAAAUGAGUGAAGUCAACACUGUGCCCAGAUGAAUGGUAUUAAAAAUAGACUUGCCUAAAAGAAAUGUGCCUUGCUUGAUGAAACAUUCUUUUAUUUUUUAAUUCAAAAUGAUAGAUUUACAAAUUAGAUUUUAGGUAGGUUUUAGUUGACCUUAAUUUUACAAGAAUAUAUUAGUACUUAUUCUAUGUUUAAGUUGUCUAUUCCCUAAAUUUUAAUAUUUAGUUAUAUCCAGACAGUUCCUAUAUAUUAAAUUCUAUUUUAUUUUCACAGGAUGUUUGGUAUGGUGAGACAAAGUACAUUCUUAAUGAUAUAUAUACUAUCUCAUUUGAUGUUUAUAACUUUUCCUUCAAAAUUAUAUGUGUAAAAUAUUCUUUGACUCAUUUUCUAUUUUUAUAUUCUUUUAGAAGUAGAACUCUUUUUCAAUGUAAAAAAAGGCAAAUUUUUAGUUGGAAAAGAGACUUGGGAAGUCAUGAAGAUGGCUUCCCAUUUGGGAACAUUUAACUUUUGUGCCAUUAUUGUAUUUACUGUGACAUCUCAGCAGAAUGGUAGCUAUUUGUACAUUAUUUCAUAAGCCUUAUGGAAAGUCAAACUGUGAACACUUAAUAUGUACACUACUUUAGUCAUUUCCAUAGUUUAUUAUCAAAAUAUUCCUGAAUAAGUGAAUGAAAAGUAAUGAAUACUUUUAGAAACUUAGCCACUAUAAAAAUAUGGCAAUCUCAAGGCCAGGAUUAUAAGUUUUGUGAUGACCUACAAAAAAUACACUGAUGAAUUUCAUUAUCUAUGACUCUUAGCUAAAGACCCAUUCAUACAGUAACUCCCAAAUAGGCAGAUAUAUAAUCCAGGUAACUUUCUUUGAGGCAAUGUCUAAAAUGAAUUUUUAAUAAUCUUCUGGUAAUUUCUUCAUGAUCAAAACUUGGAGGCCAUAUCACUAUAGUUUUAGUGAAGAUAAAUGGAUAACAACUAUCUUUGAUUUGAGUGGCAUGAGCCUCCAAUCAAGAUGGAGUAAGUGAUUAAUCCCUUAAAGUGAGAAUAUAACCACCACCUUGUUUUUGUUAGUAUUUACUCAUGGAGUAGAGAUACUAGCAUAGGGAAUAGUCAGCCCUUUGCAAUCAUCUAACUCCUCAUAACGAUGGUCACAGCCUGGUUGGCAGGAAAGCAAUCCUGGUAGAUGGAAAAAAAACAGGAGUUCUUAAACUUUCAGAUGCUUUUUUGUAAGGAUCAGUAGGUGUUGCAAAGUUAUGCAAGAACUACCUUUAUACAAUGAUACAACUCUAAGCAAUAUAAUAUAUGUAAUAGUAGAUCUAUUUUAUGAUUAUAGCCUACAGUUUCGAAUAAAGACAAAACCUGGACUUUUACCCACCCACACCAAAGAAAAGCACAGAACAGUAUCAGAUGCAUAACAUACCAAAACAUUCACAAAAAGAGUAGUACAAAAUAGCAGGGGCUUAGGUUACGGGAUCCUGGCAUUCUCACCCACUGCCUACCUCUGGGACCCCAGAUGAGUCAUUACCAUUGCUUGGCUUUCGUUUCUUGGAUUGCAGAAUGUGUGCACAGGUUCAGCAAAUUCAAAAGCCCUUUCCAGUUACCAAAUCCUAUUAUACACAUUUCUUUAAAAAUGCUUUGAAGAAUACUUACAUAGGAAGAUUUUUGAUACAUUUCAAAAGAAUAAAUUGAAGUGAGAUUUAAGCCCUGAAAGUGUAUGAAUAUGUUCCAUUCUUCAAAUUGUGAGAAGAGGAAAUAGGAUUCCUUCUCCUCUAAGAUCUUUCACUCAGCUAUAAUAGGAUCAUGAAAAAAAUGGAGCUGAGGAUCCUUCUGCAGAAGGGAAGCAGAUUAAUUAAAUAGCUAACGAGGUGGGACAGAUAUUGGUGACAUUAAUUGGAUGUUAAGGUGAUUUGCAAAGUGUGCAUCAAAUGCUGACAUGAUUCCAGAACUUUAUUGCGCAUCAUGGGACUAAAAGUAGGAAAGGAUGGGGAGAGAACGGAAGUGUUUGCCUUACCAUCUCUUUAAGAAUAAAGAGAUGUGUAAAAACACUUGGGAGUUUAGGGGGGAAUCUGCACUGCAGCGCUGGAUCUGCCAAUCAGGUGUUUGUCCUGGGAAAGUCCCCUUAACCUUGCACAACUCCCGUUUCUUAAUCUUUAAAGGGAACAGUUUAAAUUAAAAUUUGAUAAUCUGCAUCUUCCUUUUCAUCUUUUAAUAUUCUGUGGCAUU